AUGUCAAACCUUACAAACAACAAAGCCUGGACCACAGGCAAAAAACACUUCGACAAGGCCUGGUCCGCCCUUGACAAACUCGGCACGCCCGCGAACCGCCUCAGCAACAAACUCGGCUCUGAAGCUUUCUGGCCGAUGGAACUGGAUAAGGAGAGCGAGAAGAGCGCGCGCAUUUUGCGCAGUUUCUGUAAGGAUGGGGUUUAUGUUGAUGAGAAGGAUACGUCUGCCUCAGCCUCAGCCUCAGCCCCAACUCCGCCGGCGACGACUGCGACUGCGACCGGCAAGAAGAAGAAGGAAUUCGAAAAUAAACCCACCGGGAAAGCAAAAGUGCUGCAGAAGAUUCCCGCGCAGGUGAUAAAGCAAGCAAAAGGAAUCGCGAUCUUCACUGCCAUGCGCACAGGGCUAUGGUUCAGUGGUUCUGGAGGGAGCGGGGUCCUUAUCGCUAAAAGCCAAGAGACAGGGCAGUGGAGCGCACCGUCAGGGUUGAUGCUGCAUACCGCCGGUUUGGGGUUCCUUGCUGGUGCGGAUAUCUACGACUGUGUUAUGGUGAUUAAUACGUGGGAGGCGUUGGAGGCGUUUACGAAGGUGCGGGUUACGCUGGGCAGUGAGAUCUCUGUUGUUGCGGGCCCGGUGGGCGUGGGAGGCGUUUUGGAGAGUGAAAUUCAUAAGCGACAGGCGCCGAUUUGGACAUAUGUCAAGAGUCGGGGGUUGUAUGCGGGUGCUCAGAUUGACGGGACGAUUGUGAUUGAGCGCAAUGACGAGAAUGAGCGGUUCUAUGGGCGGAAGGUCCCUGUUAAGGAGAUUCUGGGAGGGACGGUCACGACGGCGAGUAAAGAAGUGGCUGGGCUGGUGCAGACGCUGUAUGCUGCACAGGGGGAUAAGCCGUUUGAACAGGCUGCCAAUGUUCCUGGAGGGCCCAGUCCGAGUGAUGUGCCUGGGGAUCUACCGAAUCCUCCUCCGGGCUAUACAGCGCAGCCCCCGCCGCCUCCGCCGCCAACAGGUGCUGCACAGCAGUACUACUCGGGGGAGCCCUUUGGGAACCCUGCGCAGCAUUCAGGGACAGGCCCGGAUACGGGAAAUCCAGGGCAGCAGGCAGGUCCUCCUGGCCAGACCUUCGGGGAACCACACCCUGGUAACCAAGGGAAUCCCCCAUUUCCAGGGCCUACAGGGCGAUAG